AUGAGCGGAUCGCGGAGCCUCGUGGAUCCCCAGGUCCGAGCGAGAGCCGUAGGGAUCCCGCCCGCGUGGAGGACCCGGCGGGAGAUGCCGGCAGAGCUGACGGAGGCGAAGGGGUCCGGGAAGAGAUGGGAAGACGCCAGAGCCGGGAGACUGGAAGGAAGACCCUCUAAAGCAGCCUCUGCCUUGCCCCUGCAGCUGCCCCACUGCGGGGGCCCAGGUCCCCAACCCCCCAGCGUGGCCAGCCCGCCCCUCUCCCAGCAGCCGGUGCCGCUGUGCGCCCUCACCCCACGCUAA